GCUGUUUUCAAAGAGUUACGCACGAGCUACAAACGUGUGUUUUCGUCAGUUUUAGUAGCUAUAAUUGUAUAACAGAAGAAGCUAAAGUAGCUCGCGGUUAUUAAAAAACAGGCCUUUCGCUACUAAAUUCUGAAAUGUGUCAGCGAUAAUGUCGCGUUUAUAGCGUUAGCUAGCUAUCAAGUAGCUGUUAGCUGACAGGUUCUGCUCCAAAUUAUGUGCGAAAUAGAUUUAAGUUCGUGAAAUUUGUCCGCUUAGGAGUGUCGACCCUGUAAAUGAAACCAUGGAUCGAUAUAACGAGGUGAAACUGCAGCUGAAGAGCUGGGAGCAAGGGUUUGUCACAGAGCACAACAGGAAACCAAACAAGGAGGACAUUGAUCAAGCUCCAGAGGAGACUAGGAAGCUGUAUAAAGAGUACCGCAAUCUGAAACAAGUAAAAGAAAACAGCAGCAGUGAUGCAGCCAGCGGACAUGCUGAUCAGUCCAAAUCUACCACCGAGGUCAACACAGCCCAGAAGGAGUCGGACUGUUGGGGUGCACAUCUGAACCGCAGCUCACAGCCUGCUCCUCCUCCCAGACUGACAGCUGAGGAGAGAGACAGUCUGAAGGCCUCUGCUCAGUACUAUGGCCUAAAGCUUAAAAACAACCUGACUACACUCAGUAAGGAGAGACCUGUCUCACUGAAGAAAUCAGGUCUUCCCGGUCGGAUGCCUCUGAAUUCUUUGAGAGGUGGACAAAGUGGACAGACAAACAGCCCUGUUGCUGCUGCUGCUGCUGCUGCUGCUGCUGCAGAGAUCGCUGCCACCGACCGAGAGUCCAGCCCUUUCACACCAAGAAGAUCUAAGACUGGUCUUGGGUCUGUGGCUGCAAAGACGCUCCAACCAGUGGAGCCCGAAGAGCCGUUUGCACCAUUUAAACCUGUCAGAGAGUCUUGCGAAGAACCUCCAAAUGCUGCCAGUAGUUGUAGUAAUGCAAGUAUUAUUAGUAGUAAGAGUAGUUUGGGUAAUGUAAUUAGUACACACAAUCAAAAUCUAGCUCCCUCACCAGCCAGAUCUUCUGCCUUGUUGUCAUCACUGUCUUCUCCGGAUAGAGAGGGAGCUUCAAUAGGAGAAGUAGGAGCCACGGUAAAGUCAAAUGAAAGAACAGGAGGCAAAAAAGAGCAUGUCGAAACUCUAGGGACUCCACAUAAGAGUAUUAAUGAUGAUGCAGGUGUUGGGACUCCGCUGAGCUUGAGAGGAAGUCCUCAGGUUCUCGGAGGUUUCAGAGGAGGAAUGGGAGGUAGAGGCGUCGGAGGAAGGCCGUCUCCUGCCAGCAGACUGAGUUUUGUUGACAGGAAGUGGCUGGAGAGGUGUCAGGUGUUUGGAGAGAUGGAGGUUGAGGUGAAGCCUGGAUCAGGCAACCAGGAGAUAACACUGGAGAAAAGAGGAGAUGGAGAGCGGGGAAUAGAUGCAGAAAUAGAUGCAAAGGGAGAGAGAAGAGACGCAGUAGACUUUGGAAGAGAUGAAGCUUUUAGGAGCAUUACUAAAGACAAAGAAGAUGGUUCACCGAAACCUGCUCUACAACAUAAUGAAAAAAGCAGAGGAGGAGGAGGAGGAGGAGGAGGAGAGGCGAAAAGGAAGGGAGGUGAGGAGACGGAAACAGGAUGGACGCCCCCUUUAAGUCCAGAGGACGAAAAUGAGAGUAGUCACAAAUCCAAAGGUACAAAGAAGAGAGGGAGGAAAAGGCAGAGAGAGGGAGAGAGCAUGGAGGGAGAGACGACAGACGAGGGAGGAGCGAAGAAGAGGCGCAGGAACGCCACAAAGAAAGAGGAGAGCUCUGAUGUAAACCUUAGACCAGCUCAAGAAGGAGGGAAGAAAAGGAGAGCCAAGAAAAAGGAGGAUGGAGAGGCAGAAGAGGAGAAAGAAACCAAAGCACCAAAGAAGGUUUCUCAGGAGAACUUGUUAGGAGAAAUAGAGGAGGAAUACGGAGCGAGGAGAAUGUACCACACGCAGCCUGUCAGAGCCAAAGGCGUGAAGAGUGCAGAGGGUAACUUUGUGAAGAUAAAUCUGAAGAAGAAAUCUCACGUCAAAGGAUACGCACUCAGAGGUGCCGGGCUACGCAAGCAGAUGUACAUGCAGAAGUUCCUGCUGAAAGGCGAACGUUUCGGUGGAGGUGGAGGAUUUUUUGGCAGAGGAAGGAGGGGUGGAUUCAGAGGGGGGUUCAACCGGCAGGGUGACACCUGCUACAAGUGUGGAGGGACGGGACACUGGGCCAUCGACUGCAAGGGACGAGCCCCUCCCCCUCCUGUUUCUGAGGAGACGCCUGCUGAGGAGGAGCCGUUUGAGCUGCCCACCUUGGAGGAGGUUGCCAGGGCAACAGGGACGCUGCGUACUGAGCCAUUGGUGGCAUCUCCAAGCAUCACAGAAGAGCAGCCGUCCCAAGAAACAGAGGUGGACAGUAACCGUAAAGACGAGGUGUUGCUGAAUGUGAUUCGUCCCGAUUAUGAGCGUCCUGCUCCGCCGCCACCAGUGGAGCCACUUUAUCAGCUUAAAGAUGAUGGGAAAGUCCCAGAAACACCUGCUGAGGUGUACGCAGCUCUCAGAGAACUCGGCUAUCAGUCAUUUAGACCAGGACAAGAGGAAGCCAUCAUGAGGAUCCUGUCAGGUCUCUCUACCCUCGUAGUGUUGUCGACAGGGAUGGGUAAAUCGUUGUGCUAUCAGCUCCCCGCCUACCUGUACGCUAAGCGAUCAGAAAGCAUCACUUUGGUCAUUUCACCUCUCGUCUCACUGAUGGAUGACCAGCUGUCUGGCCUGCCUGCUAAUCUUAAGGCAGCCUGUAUCCACUCCAACAUGACGAUGAAACAAAGAGAGGCUGCAAUAGAAAAGGUGAAGUCAGGCCAGGUGUGUGUGCUGCUCCUCUCUCCGGAGGCUCUGGUUGGUGGAGGCGGUUCAGGUUCAGGGUGUCUGCCCUCUGCUCAGGAGCUCCCUCCUGUGGCCUUCGCCUGCAUCGACGAAGCUCACUGUGUCUCGGAGUGGUCACACAACUUCAGGCCCUGCUACCUGAGACUCUGUAAGGUACUAAGGGAGCGUUUGGGAGUGCAGUGCUUGCUGGGACUCACUGCUACAGCCACACUAUCCACUGCUAUGGACAUUGCACGACAUCUAGACAUCACUGACCAAGAGGGGAUUGCAGUCCGAUCUGCAGCAGUGCCCCCAAACCUGUAUCUGUCCGUUUCCAUGGAUAGAGAGAAGGAUCAGGCUUUAGUCUCCUUGUUGAAAGGCGAUCGUUUUGGUUGCCUGGACUCCAUCAUCGUCUACUGCACCAGACGAGAGGAGACAACUCGUGUGGCGGCGCUGCUCAGGACCUGCCUUCAGGGUGUGCUGGUGAAAGAAAACAAGCAAACCAACAGCAGCAGUCAGACACUUCACAACCCUAUAGGACAGAAAAAGAAAGAACUGGCAAGGAAGAAGAUACGCAAACCGCUGAAAUGGCAGGCGGAGUCGUACCACGCCGGUUUGUCAGCUUCAGAGCGCCGUCGUGUCCAGAACAACUUCAUGUGCGGGGAGCUCAGAAUCGUGGUGGCCACUGUGGCGUUUGGCAUGGGCCUCGAUAAAUCUGAUGUCCGCGGUAUCAUCCACUACAACAUGCCAAAGAGCUUCGAGAGCUACGUUCAGGAGAUUGGGAGGGCAGGGAGAGACGGAGAACCAGCACACUGUCACCUCUUUCUGGACCCUGAGGGUGGGGACCUUCAUGAGCUCCGUCGUCAUAUCUAUGCAGACACAGUGGACUACUACACAGUAAAGAAACUGGUCCAGAAAGUUUUCCCACCAUGCAAAUGUAAACAGAUACACCAGAAACAACAUGAACUUGUAAAGGACAUUGAAGAUUCGGAGCUGCUGGAAAUGAUGGAUGUGUGUGAUCAGGAGAGCAGCCUGAAUGCUCCCACUCAGCAGGAUAUCGUCCACACAGACACAACAGUAACGCCAACUGCACAGGAAUCGUCACAUCCCGCUGGAGCUGAACAAUUCCUCCGAGACGACAGAGCUGAAGGAAAGGAAACGGAGGAAGAGGAGGAGAAAGAGGAGCAGAUGGUUGAACGUGAGGGUCUCGACGCUUCAGCGAAGCACAAAGACGUGGAAGCGAAAGCAGCUGGUGACUGGCCAAGGGACCAGGAGGAAGAGAGCUGUGAUUGGCCCAGAGAGCGAGUGUGUCACACGCACGAGAGAGCGAUUCCCAUCCAGGAAACUGUCGAGGCGCUGGACAUCACAGAGGAAGGUGUAGAAACGCUGCUCUGCUAUCUGGAGCUGCAUCCCCAGCGGUUUGUCGAACUUCUUCACCCGACGCUGUCUGUGUGUAAAGUCAGCUGCUAUAACGGACCAAGACAGCUCCAGAAAAUCACUAAAAUUUGCCCUCCAGUUGCCGUGGUGCUGGCCAGGAAGCGGAUGGCGGGCGAGCGGGUGGAGACAUGCGAUCAGCUGGAGUUUGAUGUCGUUGAGGUUGCGGACACUAUGGGAUGGCAGCUGCCUCUUGUGAAGAGAGGACUCAGACAGCUGCAGUGGAGCACUGUUGGAGGACGUAGCGGCGUCCAUGUUGAGUUUUCCUCCAUAUCUUUCUACUUCCGUUCCUUUGGCGACCUCAGCGAUGAGGAGAUGGACAGAGUUUGUCAGUUCCUCCAUAAUCGAGUGCAGAACCAAGAAAGAACGCAGCUUUACCAGCUGACCGCCUGCUUCAAGGCCUUCAAAAGUGUUGCUUUCCAGAGUGCACUCUCAUGUCUCGACGACCUGGAUGAGAGUCGCAGUCUGCAGCUAAAAGACCUUCUCUCUGAGUACUUCGACAAGAGGCGAGACCGAGGCCACACACUUGCACCACUAGACAUCGAGGAGCUCGACAAAUAUAAGUUUUUAGACUGGGAGAAUCAGAUCAGAGCGGACAUCAGAAGUUUUCUCUGCAACCGAAGUGAUGAGAAGUUUUCUGGGAGAGCUGUUGCUAGAAUUUUGCAUGGGAUAGGCAGUCCUUGUUAUCCUGCUCAAACCUACGGCAAGGACAGGCGCUACUGGAGAAAGUACAUCCAGUUUGACUUUAACCAGCUCAUCAAAGUGGCCACUCAGGAGAUCAUUCGCUUCAAGUGAACGACCAAAUGUGGACACUUUUUCUACAAUGCAAAGCUUUGCAUACAUAUACAAGGUAUACAUCUACGUUUUUCUGUUUAGGCUGUAAUUAAAAAUAAAAUCUUUA